AUGAUUCAGAACUCAAAGAGAAAGAGUAUCGUUUCGAUAAUUAAUAGAAAAUCCUUUUCAUCUGCAAAAGAUGUACCUGUAAGUCCAGUAGGUUCAGAGGAUACUUCGUCUUCUCAUCUAUUGGAUGAAUCAGCAAUAUGGAACGAUACUUUCGAAACUUCAACUGAUGUAACAGAAGAAGAAGAUUUUACCGCAGAUUUACAACCUUUGAAAUUUAAAAUGAGCAGAGUAUCUCCAAAUUCAGGUUCUUCUCCUUUCAGCUAUAAAGACCAUUCAGAUUCUUUAACAAGAUUAAGAGAAAAAUUUCAACGAAGUAUAGAAAAUGAUGGUUAUAUAGGAGGAAACAGUUGUGUUUAUUGGUUCAAAACUAUAGAUUUAGAUUCCUUUGAAAAAUACUUGAGAGAACCAAAUUAUAUCAAAUUACCACAAAAAAAAUCCUUCAUAAACAGAUUCAGAAGAUUGUUUUUAGCUCAAGAAUUAAAACAUAGAGAUUCGCAUCCUUUAGAGACGUCCAAGAUUAGUAGACCAAGACAAAACAGCACAACUAACGUGUCCGAUACUUCAAGAGCUAUAUGGAGCACUAAAUUUAGUCCAGAUGGUAAAUACUUGGCAACCGGUAGCAAGGAUGGUUCGAUAAACAUCUGGAAAGUAAUAAGUUCUCCAGUAGAUAGAUGGGAAUUAGAUAUACGUGACGAUACUAAUGUAAAAACUAAAAGCUCCUAUAAACGACAACCACAGCAAAAGCUUAAUAGCCAUAGUACUAAUAACAAUAUUAAUAUCAAUAGUAACAAUAGCCAUGGACCUUUAAAAGAUGAAAAAGAUGAUUCAGAAGGUAUCAAUCUUUACGCCCCUGUUUUUCACCCAGAUCCAAUACAAUAUUACAAAGAACAUACAAACGAUAUUUUGGAAAUAGAUUGGUCUAAAAAUGGGUUCUUUUUAACAUCAUCCAUGGAUAAAACUGUUAAAUUGUGGAAUAUUGAAAGACAACAUUCAUUAAGAACUUUCAAUCACCCUGAUUUUGUUACUUGUGUUAGAAUAAUACAAUCAGAUGAUAGAUUUUUUAUCAGUGGUUGUCUAGAUCAUAAAUGUAGAUUAUGGUCCAUUUUAGAUGAUACAGUAAGUUUUGAAUUCGAUUGUAACGAUCUAAUAACUUCUAUAUCACUUUCUCCAGAUGAUUCAAAAUAUACUAUAAUAGGUACAUUUAAUGGUUAUGUAUUUGUACUCAAAACACAUGGUUUAAAGUUUGUUUCAUUAUUCCAUAUUACAGAUAAACGACCAUACAGAAUAAAUGAACGAGAUAUUCAAAAUUUUAUGAAGGGAAAGAGGCAUAAUGGUCCAAGGGUAAGUGGAAUUCAAUGUUUUAAUAAUAUUCAGGAUAACUCAUUACGAUUGUUAGUGACAUCAAAUGAUUCAAAGGUUAGGAUAUUCGAUUUUGCUACUAAAAAAUUGUUAGAAGUUCUAAAAGGAUUCAAUAGCGAGUCUUCUCAACACAAGGCAAAUGUAUCAAAUCUAUAUGAUCAACAACUAGUUUUAAGUAGCAGUGACGAUCAUUGGGUUUAUGGUUGGCUUCUAGAGACCUCCGAAUCCAAGAAAAGAAAUAGCAUAUAUGGGAAAAACAGCAACUUAAAGCAGACUACAACUCGUAGAGAUAGCAUUAUUAGUGCUGGAAGUGGCGGUUCACAGACAAGACAGGAAUCACCGCCAACAAUGAGAAGAUCAGGAAGCAUUAAACAGUUUUUGAGAAGAUCCCUAAGUUUAUCAGAUCGUUCCGAAGAAUUUAAUAUGUCUGAGGAUUCAAUCGAUUCUGAAAUCAGCGGUACUCAUCAGAACACAAAUCAACAAAAACAGCAACAACAUCAUCAUAGGCAUUUGCAUUUAUCUAAUUUAUUAACAAGAUCUGGAACAUUUUCUGACAAUACAGUCAAGAACAGUUCUUGUGUUGCAUUUCAUGCUCAUCAUUUACCUGUAACAACAGCAAUUACUGCCCCUUCUGGUACGGCCAAGAUAUUGUCCUUAUCUAAUGAUUUGAUUUGUGAAUUGUCAUUAGAAUAUUUUAAGGACGUAGCUAGUGAGGCUAAUAACAAACUUUCAGAAUUAGAAGUAAAUAGGUCUGAUUUAGGGCGUCGCUCCACUACAUCAUUAAAGCAAGUUCAACAGAAUCUACAACCCGAUUUGCCUUUAAAGAACACUGCCAACAGUGCAUUGCCAGAUAUGGUGAAGGCUGUGGGUACUAUAUUAGUGACAACUGAUAUUUCAGGCUCAAUCAGAGUUUUCCGUGUUGACAUGCCAUAUGAGAUUAGGAAAUCUAUAUUAUACAAACUAGAAAAGUAUAAAGAGUGUUUAGCAGUGGGAGAUGGGAGCAUAAUUGAACCACGAAGUUCUUUGACCAAAAAGGGAACGUUUACAAGAGGUACCAAAGGGUCAUCAGCAACAGGAAGAGGAUCGCCAAUGAACCUAUCACCAAAAAUGCAACCACCACCUUUAAGGCAUUCUAAAUCAGAGGUUAACACUGCAUCAUUAAACCCGUAUUCAUCUGGAAGCGGUUCUCGACAACCGAGAUCUAGUCGAGUAUUUAUAAAUUCGUUAUUCAAUCAUUCUAGUACAAGUCUGUCAUCCAUGAAACAAGGGAGAAACAGUACAUCGACAAUGAACUUGAACCAAAACAGUAAUACUACGAUUGGUGCCAAUAGUGACGUAGAAGGGGAAGGGAUUACGAUGUAUCCCAAAUGUGCGUACAGGUGCGCUAUUUGCAAUGGCACCAACUUUGAUACUACUAAACAAGGGAAAGGGGAAAAUGGUGGACCACAUCAAUUAGAAUACUAUUGCACUGACUGUGGUACACAACUAAACAAUUUCCGUUGA